AUGAGUGAAAAACUGAAAAGGAUUCGCGGAGGCCAUCGGGCUUACGUCAAACGAACUGUUAAUAGAAUAUUUGAUUCGAUCCAGGAACUGAAAGGCCGUGAUAUAUCUGAAGAGGAUACUGAACUAUUAAAUGCUUCAAAGAUGACCUUGUUUGAGAAAAAAGAAACUUUGAAGAAAAUUGACGGCGAAUUUCUCGAAAAGGUUGGUGAUGACGAAAUCGAACACGAAGUUUUCGAUCAAAAUGAAUUUUAUAUGGUAAGCCUAUGGAAACUUUUCUAUGUUCCAACAGACCGAAUAAAGGAUAUAAUUUCCAAUUUACGUAAUUACCCCACCUAUUAUUCUCAACAACAUUAUUAUACUGAAGUACUCAACUAA